AUGCUGCUGCAGUUUGCGGUGUGCAUUUGUCUUCGUUUGGCGUUGGCUUUCCAAGAAGCGAAGAAUGUCUAUAGAUCACCACAGAUACCAGAAGAAGCUUACUUUGCCGAGACAUUCGACUCAGGCCCGUUGGACAGGAAGUGGGUUCUGUCUAAAGCCUUGAAAGAGGAAGAAGAGGACACACUCAAGUAUGAUGGACGGUGGGCUCAGGAAGAGCCGACAAAUCCAGACUUGACUGGGAACAAGGGCCUGGUUCUCAAGUCGCCGGGCCGACACCAUGCCAUUUCUGCAUACCUUCGCUCUCCAUAUUAUUUUGGAUUCAAGCCCCUUAUCCUGCAGUAUGAGGUCUUGUUCCAGAAUGGCAUUGACUGUGGAGGGGCCUACAUCAAACUGCUCUCCCACUCUGACCAGCUUCGCCUGAGCCAGUUCAAUGACGCCACCCCCUACUCCAUCAUGUUUGGCCCUGACAAAUGUGGCAGCACCUACAAGAUCCAUUUCAUCCUCUGCGACAGGGACCCUGUAACUGGACUGCAUCAGGAGAGGCACGCCCGGCAGCCAGACAUGGACCUAAGUGAAUACUUCUCUGACCAAAAGCCUCAUCUCUAUACGCUGCGUUUAUUCCCUGACAACAGCUAUGAAAUCCUCAUAGACCAAUCACUAAUUAGUAAAGGCAGCCUUUUGGAAGAUCUGGACCCCUCUCUGAGGCCCCCAGUAGAAAUUGUUGACCCCCAUGAUCGCAAGCCUGAGACCUGGGAUGACCGACCCCUUAUUCCAGACCCCACAGCAACCAAACCUCAAGACUGGGAUGAAGACACUCCUGAACUGAUUCCUAACCCCUCAGCCCAGAGACCCCCUGGCUGGCUGCCGGAUGAGCUGCCCUUCAUCCAUGACCCUCAGGCACAGCGUCCAAAAGACUGGGACGAUGAGAUGGAUGGGAAGUGGGAGGCACCCAAGAUUCCUAACCCUGCUUGCUCUCGGGCUAUUGGCUGUGGUCCAUGGAGUCCACCCUUGAUUUCUAACCCUGCUUACAAGGGGAAAUGGAGCCCCCCAAUGAUUGACAACCCCAGCUAUCAGGGGCAGUGGCGCCCCCGCAGAAUCCCAAACCCAGCAUUCUCUGAGGACCCCCAGCUUCAGCUGAGCCCCGUGGCUGCCGUGGGGCUGGAGCUGUGGUCUGUGAAAGGGGGUGUGCUGUUUGACAACAUCCUGCUGUGUGCCGACCUGAAGGUAGCCUACGAAUGGACCGAGGACACCUGGGGACAGAGGCAGACUCCAGGAUUGGUGCUACAGCUUCUGAUGGCGACACACAAGCGUCCCUGGCUGUGGGGGGUGUACGUCUUUACUGUGGGCCUACCGGUCAUCCUCUUUGUCAGCUUCAUGUGGCCAGACAAGCGAUUUGGUCCACCUGACCAGGAAUAUUACUACAAGAAGUCAGAUGAUCCCCAGCCAGACAGGCCCCAUGACCCAGAGGGGCUCACCAGCCUAAGAGACUAUGGCCCCGUGGGGCCCAGGAGGAGGGAGGCCAAGAAGGCCCAGAAGAAGUCAGACCUGGAACUCAAGGCAUGUUUCCGUACUGCUGUGUCUCCGGUCGAUAAGGCAAGCGUGCCCAUGGCUAUCUCCCUCCACGAAGCGAAAAGUCGAGACAGAGGACAGGAGAUGAACGGGGAGAAAAGAAAGAGGUGGAAUGGGGCUCAGUUCAACUGGGAUCGAGUCUUGGAAGUGGUUCGGUUGCCCCCCCCUUCCCCCAACCUAACGGACCGGGUUGGGUAG